CUGAUUAAUAUCAGAGAUCCCCAUCAUUAAUAUAAUUACCAAUAUUGCUAAUGGGAUAUGUUCAAAGAAACUUCAACUCUAUAAAAGGAGGUUCUGGUUUUCGCUUCAGUCAUUUGUAAGUAGUUGGUGUCAUAAAGUUUUGCAUAAAACUCUGGUUGCAUUAAAGGUCUCAUCUCAUAAAUUAAUCCACGAGCAAACAAUUACUCGAUCAGGUUGGAAAUCUCAACGUGUAACACGUGGAUAUACAAUCAAGCAAGGACAUCGACUGUAGGAAACUGCAUGAGGAAAUGAUACACAAUGAUCAAAGGACCUGGAAAUGACCCUGCAGAUAUCAUUGCUCCAUUAUAUGAAGAUGAAAUCAAUGAACAUGAUGAAUGGCUGGGUCAAAAUAAAGCCAUUGAACAUGUCUAUGAAAAGGUUGUUGUUGAAAUUGAGCUGAACGCUUUGGAAAGACCCAAAAAUAAAGAAAACAAUAAUGCUAUUGCGGCUACAAAAUCAAAUCAAGAAAGUACUGAAGAUAGAGCAAAUGGUACUUGUGACUCCAACGACCUUCCAAACACUGAUGCUAAAUCGGAAGGCUGUGCUCACAGCAUUGUCUUCACUCCCAAUAUCUCAUCGACACCAGAUACUGAAGAGUUUGGCACCGUUAGUGCAAAGGGUCAAUCAAAUGCAUCAUUACGAAAGACAGUAUGCUCCAAAUUGUCAGAAUAUGCCGAGGUAGCAUCUGUUAAUGGACCAAAACGUAUAGUUCGAGCAGAAAGUAGACCCUCGAUGGCUGCAUGGGGUGUUAUAUUUUUUGGCGUAGUUUGCAUGUCAGUGUACCUUAUAGCUGGCGUUGUCGUCAAAUAUUAUGCAUAUCCUACACAAGAUGGGAUAUCCAUCAAAACACAUCCGCUAGCUUUUCCAGCAGUGACAUUGUGCCCUUUCAUUCCAAACUCUAUUUCUGAUUUGAAAAAGAGAUUAAGACAAAAAGCAGGCGUGAUAGCAAUGCACUACGCCUUAGGGCUUAACUAUACAGACGAAAUAAUUGUAGAAGACUUUUUCAGCGCAGUGCAAGCUCGAAAUAUGUACGAAUUUGCCAUCAAUCCAGAAUUGUUCGGACUUUCAAAAUUUGAUGAGACAAAUAUAAACAUGAAGAAGAUAUUUCAUUUACGUGACCCGUUGCGCUCAAAUGGAUGGGUAGUGGAAAACGUUCCGAUAAAUUACUUCAGUGGACAGUUUCUUCAACAAAUCAAACCUGAAGACCUUGUUCUGGAAUGCACCUACAAUGAUAAGGCGUGUAAUGAUCAGAUUGACAUUUCAAUAACAAAUACAGUGUAUGGACGCUGUUUUACAUUAAACGUCAAUGAGUCAAUCGGACAUGUUCAGGAGGUUGGUCCGGACAAGGGACUUGUAUUGCUUCUGUAUACGGGCCGCCAUGACCCACUUCAAAGAAUCAGUAUGGGGAAUGGUGGCUAUGAGUUUGAAUCUCAAUAUGCUGAACCAAGCGAUGGUGUUAAGGUUGUUGUUCAUAAGCCAGGGGCAAUGCCAAGACCGUACAGCGAUGGGUUUUUCGUCACGCCAGGCAGACUUGCCGCAGUCAGAAUAACCCAAUCUGAACGAACACGACUUCUGCCACCCUAUGGCCAAUGCACCAAUGCACGUCUCAAUACUAACACGACGUAUAAAUAUACAUAUGAGAUAUGUAUAGACCAGUGCAUACAAAAAAGAAUCAGGGAAAAUUGUCUGUGUAUUUCCCCUAUGUUCCUAGUCCCCAAAGAUCACGACUUUAACAAAAUUCAAUAUUGUGGAAACAUAUCCGACAUUUUUAAGUCUUACAAUGAUAAUCGUACGAUUUCUAUACAUAUGGUUCUGGAAGAGUAUGGGAUUGAUCUGGAUUCCGCAGGACCUGGGGAUUUUGAAUAUUACAUUGACACAAUUUUGUCAACGCCUGAACUAAGAAAACGGUUAACAAAUACUGUCGAUGAAAUAAUAGCGAGGUUGCAGUGCGAAUAUUAUUGGAUGAGAUCUGACAAAGACUCAUGCAAAUGCAAACGAGAGUGUAAAGAAAAUGAGUAUACUCACCUGAUCAACACUAUUCCGUGGCCUGAGAAAAGUGUCGUCGAUGCCGGGGGACACAGAGGAUUUGUAAAGUUCUUUCAGAAACAUAAACAUAUUAGGACUCUUUUGGAUAAACUUAUAGGGCUUGGUAGACGUAAUACAAUUUAUUCACCUAGCUACAUUGAACAUAUCUUGCGCGGAGAGAAAUCUGAAUUUAGGAAGACGGCCGAGAGUUUGCUAACCUUGAUCCUCAACACUAACUUUCGCAUGGUAUUUGAAGUAUUGAUGUAUCUAGAGCAUUUUAAGUAUACUUACGGAACAUCGUCGUUCACAGUUGCUACAUAUUUGGACAAAUUAAUCGAGACAAAUUUUAUGAAACUGAACAUCCAUUUUGAAUCACUGGAUGUAAGGGUUGUCCACGAAGAAAGGACAUACACAUACGACAGUGUAAUAAAGGACAUUGGCAAUGUAUUCGGCUUCUACUUGGGAAUGUCUGUAUUCUCUGUGAUGGAAGCGGUUGUCAUGCUUUGUCUUAUGAUCAAACUUGUUAUCUGUCAAAUUGUAAGAUCGGACAAGAAUGAUGGCGAUGUCAUUGGAGAGGAACGUAAGAAGGACACAGAAUAAGGCCUUGUGUUCCAGCGAACUUUGUAACCUGAUCAACAAUGAGAGUUUUGACAUGAGAUUGUAUCUGCGCAUUUGCAGAUUUUCGGGAAUGAGAGUAGACUCUGAUAAUAAUGUUUUAAUAGUGUUUCGUAAUCCAUGUAAAUUUUAAAUAAGUUAAACAAAAAUAUUUCAAACUUUUAUCAUAUCAAAAGUAAUCAAGAUCAGAUUUUUUUCAUCAAUAUAAUUGAAGCAGUGGUUUUUGAACAACCAUUUUUGUUUGAAAAUGUUUAAUUUGUAGCUUCAUAUCCAUUAUAAUAGUAAUUUUGGGUCACACAAAUACG